AUGUUAUCACCAAAUGCUGCUGCGGCCGAUAUCUGCGCGAUAGCCUCUACCAUUAUCUGGUCGACCGCGAUAAUACCUCCCAUCAUCGUCGCAUAUAGAACGAAGACUCGUGAUUCGCAUGGGUUAUCUCCCUGGUGUAUUCUACUGUGGGCAUUGGGAGCGUUACUCUAUGCACCAUAUUCGAUCAUCCAGGAUCUUCAUCUGCCCAUCAUUGUCCAACAGCAUCUGUUUUACGUCCUCACUUGUAUCACCUUGGUCCAAUGCUUGCGGUAUGCCAAAUCGUACUCCCGCAUUCAAGCCUCAUGCGUCUUUGCAGGUUUGAUCGUCUUCUUCGCCGUCUUCGAUGUUGGAUCGAUCUUCGCUGGUAGGAAAGCCAAAGCCACGGGAUUUGAAGGAAUUGUCGACGCCUUCGAGUAUGGCGCCUGCCUGGCCGACGUUUUAGGACUAUUGCCGCAAUUCGUACUCAUUUGGCGAAAUAAGAGAGUCGCCUUAGUCUCCAUCGUCUUCUUCAUCAUGGACGUAGUCGGUUGCGUAUGCUGUAUCCUCAGUCUGUUUCUCAGGCCAAGACUGGAUGUUCCAGCAUUCGUCUUUUAUCUCUCGCUAUGUAUUCUCGACGUUGGCAUUCUUGUUCUUGCCGCAAUCCUCAACCCUUUGGCCAGUCAGCGACCUGCGCAUGACCCACGUCGAUCUUUGGACACCAUGGGUGACCUUCCAUACUCAGGUGAAACCAGUGACGAUAAUCUCGGUGACUCGAAGGAAGUCCAAAUCGACGUCGCGGCGUCGGUGGAUGACUCAAAGACCGAUACGAUCCACACGACGACCAACCAACCCCCUUCCGACUACGCAUGA